CAAAUAAAAUCAGUGUAAUCCCUGGAUGUAGACUAUUUGGUUUGAACAGAAGGACAACAGAAGUGGCAACAAUGGCUGUGGCGGGCUGCACAAAAUGCAUAAAAUAUAUGUUGUUUUUCUUUAAUUUUAUUUUCUGGCUGGCCGGAGGUGUGAUCUUAGGAGUGGCCCUGUGGUUACGCCAUGACAGUCAAACCAGCAACCUCCUCAUACUUCAGUUUGAAGGCCAGCAGGCGCCGGGCACCUUCUACAUCAGUGUCUACAUACUGAUCGCUGUCGGAGCUCUCAUGAUGCUUGUGGGAUUCCUCGGAUGUUAUGGUGCCAUUCAGGAAUCUCAAUGUCUGCUAGGGACGUUUUUCUUCUUUCUGGUGAUCCUGUUUGCCUGCGAGGUGGCUGCUGCAAUCUGGGGAUUCAUGAACAGAGACACUAUGUCCAAAGAACUAAUCAAUUUCUAUGACGCCGCAUACAUCAAGGCUGUGGAUGUCUCCGGGUCCCCGAGUAAAGACGCAGCCAUCAGUGUGUUGGGUGCUUUCCACACUACGCUCGACUGCUGUGGGAAAGGUGAUGACACCCCGCUCUUCCAGCAAGUCAAGGCCACCAUAUGCCCUCCAAGAAUACUUUCUUCCCCCAAACCCAAGAGCUGCCAUAGUGAACUCGUCUCUCUGUUCUCCGAGAAGCUCUACCUCAUUGGCCUGGCUGCCUUGGUGGUUGCCGUCAUCAUGAUAUUUGAGAUGAUCUUCACCAUGGUGCUCUGCUGUGGGAUUCGUAACAGCCCGGGAGUUUACUAGGCGCCGAAAGACCAGGAGCAGACCACACCAGAUGAUGUCAGACGGAUCUGUUUCUGUGCUGCUGAAAGCACAAACUGUAUAUUUUCCUAUGUACUUUAGAGUAGAUCCUUUUUUUUAUAUAUUACUCAUUUGUCAUAACUUUCCUUCAGACGGUAACUGACCAGUCUUUAGUUUCUUUUAUACCUUCAGUUUGUUGAAAAAAAUUUUCUCUGGCAGCAUCGUGUCCCUGGGUGUGUAAAUUGUAUUUAAACAAUUGUUUACUAGAAAGUGUGUGUAUGUGUGUGUGUGUGUGUGUGUGUGUGUGUGUGUGUGUGUGUGUGUGUGUGUGUGUGUGUGUGUGUGUGCGUGUGUGUCUGUGUAAAGUGAGGACCUUUUCUUGGUUUCUUAGAAGUCAAGGCCCAGUCCACCUUUUGUGUCUAAACCAAGGAUAUGUAUGUGUGUGUCUGUAUGUGUAAACUGGUUAGUUGUUUAUGUUAUAUCUUGCUGCAGGGUGACAGUGUUAUUUAUUCUGCAGUAAUUAUGGGAUCAGCGAGCAGACUUUUAGUGAUGGUGUGUCUCCUCUUCGAACCUGAUGAAAUAAAAUCAUGCUCUCUCACAUUACUUGUGAAUAACCCCACAUUAAAUAAAGCUAUAACUUUUGUAUGUUCUGCUUACAUAUUGUGCUAAGAAUGCUUAAAAAAAUUAUACCAACACCCCUAAA